CUCUGUUUGCCAUGGAGAUCAGUGUGACCAAAGACCUGAAGACCGGGAAGAGCACGGUGCUCUCUACUGCUGCCGUUCCUGCUGAGGAGCUAAGCCAGCAGGCCGGGCUCAAGGUUUACGACGACGGCAGGAAGUGUGUUUUUGCCUUAAAUUCACAAGAGGGGUCCCAUGAUCAAGGCUGUGUGUCGGAGCUGACAGCCAACGAGGUGGAACAUUUGCUGAGAAGCGCCACAAUGCUUCGCCAAGUAAAGCAGCAAAACGUCCACCUAAGCCACAGCAGAAGCUUCUCCAACCACCAACAGCGGAGAGGGGAAGAAGAGAGGUUUGACCUGAGAGACCAGCGAGGAUAUUAUGGGAUCCAUCCCAUCAGGGACAACAUGACGGAGGAAGACUGCAGGGGAAGUGUCUGGAAAAAGCUGGCAGAUCAUAGCAGCAGUCAUGAGAGCCAUUACAGACGGUAUGAAGACAGAAACAACAAAAGCAACAUGAGGGAAGGUCAUCGCCAUGGAAGCCACAAGGGGAUGGGAGAUCACGAUGGUAACCAGAAGGACUGUCACCACAGUUCGCACAACGUGAGAAACGGUCACCGUGUUCAGGAAGAUCGGCCUGCUAGCCACCACAAAACCAGCAUCGUUAGAAGCAAUAGAGUGGUGAAUGGAGGCAGAGCCAGAGACUGCCCUCCUCCGAGGUCACAUGACCAGGAAGCAGUGUCUGCCUACCAACCACAGCUCUCCUACACUCCAGCCAAUCAUAUUCCUCUUAGUGACUACAUCAGUGUAGACGAAGAAGAACUGUAUAGCUGCAAACCCGCCUCCUAUCACAGACCCUCCACUGCCAUGUACACUGGCCCCGCCCCCUCUGACCGAGUGCCCUCCCCCCUCUACGGAGACGACACCCACUACACCAUCCUCAACGCCAUUGACACCACUGAGCCAAUCACAGCCGUCUUCAUGGGCUUCAAGAUGGCGCAGGACGAAAGCGGGCAGGGACACGAGUUCGAGAGCUGCCUGAGGGCAGAGCUGGUCAUCAUCGAGGACGAAGACAACAGUGAGGACACCUGCGUGGAGGAGAAGCAGCGCAGCAGUUCGACAGGAAGUUCAGCCACUGGAAGCGUGGGCCAUGCAGAGGGAGUCGGACACAGACGGAAAGAGAGACGCGGGGGGCCAGGUAUCAGAAAGGUCCAGAAAAAACACAAACCCUGCUGCACUAUCUGCUAA